AUGUCCCCCUCCAUCCCAGAAAUGCAAUGGGCCCAAGUCGCCCCCCGCAUCGGCGGCCCGCUCGAGUACAAACAAAUCCCCGUCCCCACACCAGGCCCGGACCAAAUCCUCGUCAAGAUCAAGUACUCGGGCGUCUGCCACACAGACCUGCACGCAAUGAUGGGCCACUGGCCUAUCCCGGUGAAGAUGCCGCUGGUCGGCGGACACGAAGGCGCGGGCACCGUGGUAGCGAAGGGGUCGCUGGUAUCCGAAUUCGAGAUCGGCGACCGCGCGGGUCUGAAGUGGCUGAACGGAUCAUGCGGGGACUGCGAGUUCUGUCGGCAAUCCGAUGAUCCGCUGUGCGCGAGGGCGCAGUUGAGCGGGUAUACGGUCGACGGCACGUUCCAGCAGUAUGCGCUCGGCAAGGCGAGUCAUGCUAGUAAGAUCCCUGACGGUUUGCCGCUGGAUGCGGCGGCGCCGGUGCUUUGUGCGGGGAUUACGGUGUACAAGGGGCUUAAGGAGGCGGGCGUGAGGCCCGGGCAGACGGUUGCGAUUGUGGGGGCUGGAGGUGGUCUCGGCUCGCUGGCGCUGCAGUAUGCGAAGGCGAUGGGGGUCAGGGUUGUUGCUGUUGAUGGCGGGGAUGAGAAAAGGGGGAUGUGUGAGGAGUUGGGGGCGGAGGCAUUCGUCGAUUUUACCAGGUCAAACGACCUCGUCGCUGAUGUCAAGGCCGCUACGCCCGAUGGGCUUGGAGCGCACGCUGUGAUUCUCCUCGCUGUUUCUGAGAAACCCUUCCAGCAGGCGACUGAGUAUGUGCGAUCGCGCGGGACAAUCGUCGCCAUUGGCUUGCCGCCGGAUGCGUACCUCAAAGCUCCAGUUCUCAAUACGGUCCUCCGAAUGAUCACGAUCAAGGGCAGCUAUGUCGGCAAUCGCCAGGAUGGAGUCGAAGCCCUGGACUUCUUUGCGCGUGGCCUGAUCAAGGCUCCGUUCAAGACUGCGCCUCUCGAGGAUCUGCCCAAGAUCUUUGAGCUCAUGGAACAGGGGAAGAUCGCCGGUCGAUAUGUUCUUGAGAUGCCGGAGUGA